CCGAGAUGAUCUGUCGUAACGCAGAGAAGGGCGGCGCGGGCGCGUUACUCAAGUGCUGGCGAGUCGGUUAGAGGCUGCGCGCGCGCAAGGCGGUGUGUCGAUAUGUGGUGCGUGUGGUUUGUUGCGUGUUUUUCUACGGUGCUCGCCAGUGUUGUUGAGAUCAAUGACACGGUGCUGGCGACAUGGCCCCCCCUGUACGGGCUGGAGGAGUGGGAGCAGUGCCGGCGGCCCGGCGACGUGUACUGCAUCGUCGACGCCGCGCUGCGCUCGCCCGAACCAUCGCCUACCAUGAUGCUGUUGACGGACUACUCGAGGCAGUCUCUGAAGCAUUACAACCGCACUCAGAUCCACCGCGGCGUGUGCGUGUCGCGCUGCGGCCGGCAGAACGGGAGCGCGGGCUGGCAGGAGGCGGCGCAGGGGUGUGUCAACAGCAGCGUGGCGCAGUACGGGCUCGAGGCGGAGGUAUUGUCAGUGGACUGGUGCAUGUCAGCGGACUCCCCUCCAGAGAGCUCCGGUCCAGGCAGGUCGCUCGCCGUCAUCUGCACCAUGCUGGUGGCGCUGGCGUGUCUGGCCACCGGAGUGCAUGUGCUCGGCGACCGCUGCGCCAAGGCUGAGUGUAACAGGUACUUGCUAGCAUUCUCGUUGAAGCGUAACUUUGAUAUUCUGACGUACGACCGCUGCAAGCCGAGGACAGACGAUCGGAUGAAGGAUGUGGCGUGUAUCGAGGGGAUCAGGUUCAUCGGAAUGCAAUGCGUGAUCUUCUCUCACGUGAUGUUGAUCUACAUCUAUUCGUACAUUGACAAUCCACAGUUCAUCGAAAGGAUGUACGACCACUUCACCUGGCAAGCAGUGCUGAACUCUCCACUGUGGCUGCAAGCUUUCUUCGCGAUGUCUGGUUUCCUGACAGCGUACGCCACACUCGUCUCGUCACCCACCAAGCCAAUCACCUUCUUCAAAUGUGUGAUGUCCAUUGUGAAUAGAUGGAUCAGGUUGACUCCUCUAGCGGUGUUCGCGCUCUGGUUCACUGUGGCGUGGUUCCCACUGCUGGGCGCUGGACCUCAGUGGUCGUGGCUGGUGGAGAGAGAGGCACACGACUGCUCGGAGCGAUGGUGGUACCACGUGUUGUAUGUGCACAACCAUCUGCCCACUGGCAAGUUCUGCAUGGGACAUACUUGGUACUUGGCAGCCGACAUGCAGCUCCACAUCAUCGGAGUGUUCCUUCUCCUGGUGCUGAUGAGGUUCAAGAAAGCAGUCAUACCGCUGUUGAUGCUAUUCAUGGUGGGAUCCUCCGUCGCAGCCGGUCUGGUGGUCUACUUCUACGAGCUGACACCUAUCGUUACUGCACAGACACCAGAGGUACUCCGCAACAUGUUCGCUGGCUCCAAGAUCCUGACCCUGCUGUACCUGCCAUUCUGGAUGAACCUGCCAGGCUACAUCGGAGGCAUCGCCACCGCCUUCAUCCUCUACCACAACAACAUCAAGGGAGAGAUCAAGCUCAAGGACAGCAAGUGGUUCAACAUGCUGUUCCACUCAGCCCUGUUCCUGGGCAGUGCGGUGCUGCUGGCCGGUACUGUAUUCCUGGCAGACUCCCCGCUGCCUCAGUGGGCGUCAGCUCUGUAUGCUGCCAUCGACCGGCCCCUGGUCGCCACGUUCUUCUGCAUCUUCAUGCUGGGCUGCUUCUCCAGGUGUUGGUCUAUGAUUCGUGACGGGUUGGAGUGGCGCGGCUUCCACGUCCUCGGCAGGCUGUCCUACUGCGUCUUCCUCAUCCACUUCAUAGUACUGAGGAUCACCUUGGCCAGCAACACACAGCUCGGACACGCCACUGUGCUCUCUAUGCUAUCCCUGCUAAUCACAUCAUCAGUGCUGAGCUACAUUGCAUCAGUUCCUUUAUGCCUUCUUGUGGAACUGCCUCUCAUCCAGCUGUGGAAAGCCAUGACAGAGGGAGAUGGACCUGAGAGACGACGUUCCAUACCAGAGGAAGCUGCUGGAAAAUCAUUUGACUUGGUCUCACAAAUCAGGAAGAGGAAUGAGGCCUAGUGUGAGGAAGAAAGAUCUUUGGUGGUGGGAACAGAUUCUUCGUCAGGGAUUAUAAAGUUGAAAAGGUUUUGGAGAACAUUCAAGCCUUAUGACUGCAACGGUCUGAUUGUACCAUCAGAAUAUUAUAAUCACAAGCCAUAUACUUACUUUUCUAACCGAAAAGCUAUCGGCAGACCAAAUUAAAUUGUUCCUAUACAUCCAGUUGUAGUUUUCCCACCACAGUCUUAGAAGAAGAUUUGACUGUACUGCCUUUUGUAAAUAUAGAUAAGGAUAGUAUUUUUAUGAUUCUAGUUAGGCUUUUGUUUAGGAAUGCCUCAAGGCAAACAAUGAGAUUUAUGAAGUGGAAAUGGAAUCUCUUGAGAUUUACCGAGAUUGUUGACUUGUUUCAAGAAUUGGAGUAUAAUUCAAGACUUGCUAAUUGAUAUGUAUAUAUGAGACAAGGGCAACUUUGUUUCAAGGAUGAAGUAUGCCAAGCUCCUUUUAGCGACAUUUUGAAAAUUUGCCGUUUAAAAUAACAAGUUUUUCUUCAAAGGGACCUAUAGACUGGCCCUUUCUGUGCAGACGACAUCUAGUCUAUGUUUUAUGUUAGGUAUUGUAACUGCACUUAUAGGUAUAAGUUUAUAAAAUGUACUAAUUAGCUAUAGUUACUAAACACAAAUGUUUUUAUAUUAAAAAUGUUUAUAAUUAAUAAAAAAAUAAUCGAAAUAU